AUGGAGUUUAACAGAUCCUGCAAAAACGAGAAGGCUCCGAAAAAGAGGGGCGGCGGCGCUGCGAAUGGAACAAAGUACGCUGGCCGUUCAGGUUUCGUGCAACUCGAGCUUUCAGACUUUCCCGAGAUGAAGGAAGCGGUGGAGAAGCUGUACAGCCGCGCCGAGGGUCUGCGUCUGGUGUCUGGGCGGCCUGAAAUUGCAAAUCUGAAGCAGCAGCAGCAGCAAGAGGCUGCUGCUGCCGCAGAGGCAGAGCAGCAGCAGCCGCAAGAGGCUGCUGCGGCCACCGCUGCAGAGCAGCAGCAGGAGCAAGAGGCUGCUGCUGCUGAAGAAGGCCCCUGA